AGCCAGAGCAGCAUCAACAACGACAUCCUAUCUACCACGGUGCCUCUCCGAUUCUGCGCGCGCUUCAAGGGGUGGCCGCGAGAGGCGACUUAUCUGGAGUGCGCGCGCGGUGGUGAUUGCAGCCAGUGCAGUUCGGAUCUCGGCACUCGAGUCUCCCAGAGCCCCCGACGACAGCCGCCCCACUCGACGCUCCCAUCCUGCAGGCAGGAGUCAAGAUGGCGGCCCGGUUAUUGGUGCUGCUAGCGGGCUGCCUGCAGGCCGCCGCGGCAGCCCGAGCUCCCAUCUGCGGCACGCCCGAAGCGUGGACCGUGGGCGGGCAGGACGUGCUCGCCCAGCACCGAGGAAACGUCACGCUUGUGGCGUUACUCAAGGCUUCCUGAUCUUUGUGUAGGCAGCAGGCCUCCGGUCUGGAGGCUCUGUUGCAGCGGCUUCGGGCCAACAUGAGCGAACUGCAGUUCCUGGUGGUCAACGACCGCAAGUCGGCGCACCUGCGCGACCAUCUCGACCGGCGCGUUUCGUUCGCCGUGCACCAGGAGAGCGAGGAGGAGCCAGUGUGGACCACCAUGGGUGGCAGCAAGGACGACGUCUUCAUCUUCGAUCGCUGUGGCCGGCUUGCCUACUACGUCCCGUUCCCCAUCAGCCUCGUUCUGCCGGGUCACCUGCCCGUGGUCGAGGACUCCCUGCGGCGUGCCUACGACGGCGAGCCGUGCGGGCUCAGCUGCGAAGAGCCAGUCGAGAGAAACCCUCGCACUACCGACGCCUCGGCUCGGCGCAAUUCGCUGGGCUGGCGCGUGCUGCACAUGUUGUUCGGCGGCGAGCAGGACGACGAGUCCGAGCAGUGCGACGAGCGCAAGCAGAUGCAGUUGAGAGUCUGUUGCCACCCGAACAGCCGCAUCGAGAGCCCCUAUUGCCGGCAAGCGCCCAGCUGCCAGGAGCUCGGCGCUGCCUGCGGUUCCUGAUGACAGUAGAGCCAUCCGUUCGAGUCCUCCGGUCCCUGCGCGUCCUGGUGGGUCUCUGACAAGGGUUGCGGUCCCCCAUGAAGACGCUGGGUCAAACCAGGGCGCACUCGCCCAAGGCUCACGUGUCCGAUGCCGCGCUGUGCGAGACGUGGCCCGAGGAGGCCUCGCCUGGGACGCGUAGUAAAAGGAGGGCCGCGUGUGGCCCCGCUUCCAAA